AUGCCGAUAAAAUCCGAACUUACAGAUGUUGAUGUUCCUUGCGUAUCUUUCCAUGAAAUGAUUUUUUCCGAAAUACGGCGAUAUAGCAAUGAAGUAGCAUUGAUAAACAACAGUACGGAUGAAAUGUUUACGUUUGAGGAUAUUCUACUCAAAACAAAAUAUAUAGCAAAUUCAUUACUUGCAAUGGGAAUAGAAAAAGGCGAGCCGAUAAUUCUAUGCGUGCCAAAUUGUCCAGAGUUUGUAUGGCUAUUUUUGGGAAUAUCGCUUGCUGGUGGCAUUGUAUGUCCAUUACAUCCGAGCUUCUCAAAAGACGAAAUGCGUUGGCAAAUAAUGGAUUCGACGUCGAGGUUCGCUUUCGUCGUACCGGAUGCAUUAGAUAACGUAUCGGCGGUAUUCAACGAGUUGAGCAUCGAUCAUAGGGUAAUUUGCAUUGGUAAUCGCCAGGUAUCUAAGGGAUUCCCAAUCCUGAAUGAUUUAGCCUUGACAGCAGCUCGUUGUUCUUCGACAUAUCCAGAAAUGACGCCUGAAGAGGACAUUGUCUUCUUACCCUAUUCAACAGGAACAAGUGGACCACGAAAGGGAGUCGCCAUAACGCAUUUUGUCCUCAAUGGUAUGCUGAAAACGUUCAACAAUAAGGAGGCUUACGAUUUACCAAGUCGUGGUGAGUUUAUUCUUUCCAGUGCUCUAUUUCAUGAUACUUUCGGACGUGAUGUGCUCUUUUCGUCGUUAUCAAACGGUGCAACAGUGGUUACAUUGAAAGAUGAAGUGGAAACAUUAGCAAAAUGCAUUCAUGUAUACAAGGUCAAAAUAUUAUUUGUCAGUCCCACUACACUCAGGCAUCUUUGCGAUACAGAUAUAAUUAAUCGUUAUCCAUAUUAUCACCUGAAAACUGUUGUAAUCGGAACGGAAGCGAUUGGCGAAGAUACGAUAAAGCGUGCCUACCGUUGCUUACCAUCUGUUAAGCAUUUCAGUGCAGUUUACGAAAUGACUGAAGCAGGAGUAAUCUGCAGGACAACCAAACUUUCUCCUUUCAUAUCUCGCUCAUGUGGAACACUCUGUGCUGGCUUAAGCAUGAUGGUGAUAGAUAUGGUAAGUGGAGCUGAAGUUGGCAUGAAUGAACAAGGCCUCAUUCUGCUCCGAGGACAAACUGUGGUAUCACCUUACUGGAAGAAUGACAAAGCUACGUUUGAAGAUUUUGAACGAAAUGGUUGGAGAAAUACUGGUGAUAUUGGGUUUUAUGAUAAACACGGUAAUGUCUUUCUCGUUGAUCGAGAGAAGCAAAUGAUUAAGGUUGAUGGUUUUCAGGUGACACCACAAGAGCUGGAAUCUAUCCUGUUGACUCAUCCGUCCAUUGCUGAAGCAGCCAUUGUACCAGCGACAAAAGUAAAUCAACAAGAAAUACCGGUAGCUUUCGUGGUGCUGAAACCCCGUAUGCCCGCUACUGCUGAACAGAUUAAGGAGUUUGUUAAUGAACGUGUUAUGCGUUAUAAACAGGUGGAUGUUGUCGUGAUAGCGAUGACACUACCUCGAUCACCAGGUGGUAAAAUACUUUGGCGAUUGUUACGCGAGGCUGCUAACAGAUACACAUAA